GAACAGGAAAGUGGUCGAUUACUCCCAGUUUCAGGAAUCAGAUGAUGCUGAUGAAGAUUAUGGAAGAGAUUCAGGUCCCCCAUCCAAGAAAAUCCGUUCGUCUCCUCGGGAGGCUAAAAAUAAGAGGCGAUCCGGGAAGAAUUCUCAGGAGGACAGUGAGGAUUCAGAAGAAAAAGAUGUGAAGACUAAGAAAGACGAUUCACACUCAGCAGAUGAAGAUUUUGGCAGUGAAGAUGAUGACUUGGGAGCAGAUGAUGGCAAAGCGGACAGUGACUAUGAGAGCUCUCAAAAAAGCAAAAAAGGAAAAAAGGCUAAACCAGAAAAGAAUAAGAGAGCAGCCUCCAAAUCCAGGAAAAGGCCUGCAGAGGACAGCGAGGACGAGAAAGAAGACCACAAAAAUGUGCGUCAGCAACGACAGGCAGCAUCCAAAGCAGCUUCUAAACAACGGGAGAUGCUUAUGGAUGAUGUGGGUAGCGAGGAGGAAGAACAAGAGGAUGAUGAGGCACAGUUCCAGGAGAAUUCAGGAAGCGAUGAAGACUUCCUCAUGGAAGAUGAUGAUGAUAGUGACUAUGGCAGUUCAAAAAAGAAAAACAAAAAGGUCUCCAAGAAAUCCAAGCCAGAGAGGAAAGAAAAGAAAAUGCCGAAGCCCAGGCUAAAGGCUACAGUGACCCCCAGUCCAGUGAAAGGCAAAGGGAAGGCAGGCCGCCCCACAGCUGCCAAGGCAACAAAAGAAAAGACCCCAUCCCCCAAAGAAGAGGAUGAAGAACCCGAAAGUCCCCCAGAAAAGAAAAAGUCAGCCAGCCCUCCACCAGAGAAGUCAGGGGAUGAGGGAUCUGAAGAUGAAGCACCCUCUGGUGAAGAUUAAAUGGCAGUUGAGGAAAUCUUUGUUUAAAAAAAAAAAAGAAAAAAAAAGAAAAAGGAAAAGAAAACAUACUUAGGGGUAGAACACGGUUUUGGCUGUGGCUUGACUCAUGGGCUUUGAACGCUGUCUUUACUUUCAGCUGUUUAAUACAGUGUAUCCUUUUUUUAAUAAGAGGAAACCCUUAUACAGUAAUAUUUUGAAGUCGAUGUUCUCUGUUGGCCAUUCCGUUCUCCCUCCCCCCACCAAAUCUGAAAGCCAUUUGAGACAAAUUAACAGACCAUUUAAAUAUAUUUUUUUUUCAAGGGAUACUGCAGUUGUGAAGCAAUAAGGUUUGAGACUGAUAUGUGGAAACCAUACUUACAAGUCGUUAAGUAGAGUAGAUUUCCCAGUGCUGGUAAGAGUUCUUUAAACCUAUUAUUCUAUAUUUGAAUAUGUGGAAAAAA